AUGGCGGGUACUUUUCUCAUCACCGAGGAUAUUUUGAUUUUGAUCUUUACAUAUCUUCCUCUGACAUCAAUAUAUAAGUUCAAGUCUGUUUCAAAGGUAUGGUUAUCUAUUCUCUCUAAUCCUUAUUUCAUAACAAAAUGGUUUCAGUUUAACAACACAAACAAAUCUCUCCCAUGGGUACAUUUUCAUUCAAUAAGUGACAUUAAUGUAAGUCAAGGAUACAUUCGAAGGUUCAAUAAUUACGCAUGUCCUAGUUUACAUUCACAGUUCAUAUCUGCACAUGAUCUUGGCUUUUCGUUUAGCUUUCUAAAUUUGAAACCAGAUAAAGGAUUACGCCUUGUAGGUUCUAGUAACGGUCUGGUACUUUGUUAUUCAGAUGAUAAUAAUAAGGGAAGGUUUCGUGUUUGUAAUCCACUGACACGGAAAUCGGUAUGGAUUCCUUUACCACCCCGCCCUGGUUAUCAAUUUGUUGUUGGUUUCUUUUGUGAGUAUUCAUCAUCAUCCUAUGAAGCAAGUUCUUACAAGGUUGUAUCAAUCAGGAGAUCUUCAAAGAUAUUUGAAGCUGACGUAUUUUGUUCUAAUUUGGGAGAAUGGAAAACUUCCCCAGUUUCUUACCCUAAAAGUUUUUCGUGCACGUAUCGUUGUGUGUGUUAUAAUGCUGUUACCAAUCACGGUGUCCUUUAUUGGAUUGAAGGGGGAAACAGAAUCGCAGCUUACAACAUCAAUAACGUUGGAACUGAUGGCUACCAGU